GGGUCAGUGCGGGACGUGGCGGCGGAGUGGAGGUGGGAGGGAGCGGCGCCAUGACCCGCGGGAACCAGCGCGAAUUGGCACGGCAGAAGAAUCUGAAGAAGCAGAGCGACUCGGGCAAAGGCAAGCGGCGGGACGACGGGCUCUCGGCUGCCGCCCGUAAGCAGAGGGACUCGGAGAUCAUGCAGCAGAAGCAGAAGAAGGCCGAUGAGAAGAAGGAGGGCAACAAGUAGCGGGCGGCCGUGCCGGCCGCCGCCCCAGGGCCGGUCCCGCCGGCAGGAUGCCCCGCGCCGCCCCAGCCCGGGUCCC